AUGGAAGCAAACAAUCCUGAUCCUUCUCUAGAAGAAACAAAAGAUCCUACUAACGAAAACCAGCCCAUAAGGACUAACAAUAAACCUGACACAGAUGUUCGUGUGGCUGUCAUAGGAAACGUAGACUCGGGGAAAUCUACAUUAGUAGGUGUGCUUACAAGAUGCAUCAAUGAUGAUGGUCGAGGUUCUGCAAGAAGUUAUGUAUUUAACUAUUCUCACGAGCAAGCUAAUGGCCGUACAUCAAGCAUUUCUCAUGAAAUCAUGGGAUUCACCCAAGAAGGCUCACAAGUUGCCCCCGAAAGGCUGACUGAUUCCAAAAAUCGCACAUGAGGCUACAUUGUUGACCACUCAGUACACAUAGUCACCUUCCUCGAUCUUUGUGGCCACGAGAAAUAUUUGAAAACCACUAUUUUUGGCCUAGUUGGUCUUCUCCCUGACUAUGCUAUGAUUGUAGUAGGUGCCAACAUGGGUUUAACACGCAUGACAAAAGAGCAUAUAGGCCUUGCUUUGGCUUUAAAAAUCCCAAUGUUUUUUGUAUUCACAAAAAUUGACAUAGCUCCAGAAAAUGUUUACAAAGAAAAUAUCAACUUGUUGCAUAAAGUUCUAACAAACCCAGCUGCAGGGAGCAGACUUCCAAUUUAUGUUAAAGAAGAUACUGACGUUUCUGAUCUCUGUAAUAUGAUGGAAGCUAGAGCAUGCCCAAUUUUUACAGUAUCUAAUGUGACUGGGGAAGGAAUCCCAAAGUUGAGACAAUUCAUUUUUUCAUUGCAGUCUCGAACUUUACUCAGUGGGGUGUUUGGAAGCAGAGAGGAGCCCUUUGAAUUUUUGGUUGAUGGGGUAUAUAGCAUUUUGGAUUAUAUUUACGGUUACAUGCUUAUGUGCUUGCUUCUAUUUAUAAUGAAAAAUAGCUAGUUGUUUUAUUGACUGCAAACAUGUUAUUAAAGAUCAAUAUAUAUGGUAACCGGUGUAGGUUGUGUGCUUUCUGGAAUCGUAAAAUCUGGAACUGCUGAGCUAAAUCAGCAAAUCAUGCUUGGACCAGAUAAAACAGGAAACUAUAAGCAUGUGGUUAUCAGAGGAAUUCAUAUGAAUCGAGUUCCAGUCGACAAUGCUAUUGCAGGACAAUCGGUUUGCUUCAAUAUCCGGCCAGUCAAUAAGAAAGAACAACUAAAAAGAAACCAAAUAAAGAAGGGAAUGGUGCUUGUUGACAAAAGUCUAUGCAUGCAAACUGCCUGGGAGUUUGACGCUGAAGUCGUGAUCUUGCAUCAUGCAACUACCAUCAGACCAAAUUAUCAGCCGGUUAUCCACUGUGGAGUUGUUAGGCAAGCUGCCAAAGUAGUUAGUAUGACAAAAGAGCUGCUCAGGACUGGAGACAAAGGGCUGAUUCACUUCAGAUUUAUGUUUAACCCUGAACUCAUCCACCCAAAAAUGACUAUUCUAUUUAGAGAAGGCCGAACAAAAGGCUUGGGAAUGAUUUCACAAAUUUACCCAAUGGAAGCUAUUUAA